AUGCAGUACUCUGUCGCCGCUGUUCUCGCCGCCGCCGUCGCUGGCACCCACGCCUUCAGCAGUGCGAGCAACGUCUCGUACACCACCGAGGUUGUGACGGCUCUGACCACGUACUGCCCUGAGGCCACCGUCCUCACCCACGCCGGCACCACCUACACCAUCACCUCGGCCACCACGCUGACCAUCACGGACUGCCCCUGCACCAUCACUCACCCC